AAAAGAAAGAAAAAAGAAAAAAAGUAUCGUUAGUUUCCAAGCAAACGAAUAAACGCGAGAUUGUGGGGAGAUGGAAAUUGUAACAUAUUUGUUGAUGGCCAAUAUCAAAUAUGUAUAAAAGUAAUAAUAAUGCAACAUUACUAAUAAACAAAUAUUACUAAUUCCGUUGUAACCUUAAUUCCUAGAUAUCAUAAUUUAAAUAUGUAUCACCUUUUGUACCGCAACGUGACACAACGAGCAGUUGAACUCUAACAAUUAAAUAUGCAUUAAUAAUGUUUCUUUAUGAUACAUAUCCAUAACGCAACGCAAAUGUAUUACAAUCCAACGUAAAGUGUGCACGUAUAUGUAUAUGCAUACGCACGCACGCACACCUAUGUAUGAAUCACAUGGUCAGUCCGUCGCAUCGUGUCAAUUUUGUUGCAGUAUGAUGUGAGAAUCUUUUGCCCGUUUACUUGAUCGUUGAACUGUUGUAAAUUGAGGUAAAUCAAGUUAAAGAAUGCCGAAACGUCCAUGUCCUUUCGAAGAUAACUUACUGCCCCAGUUAAAGAUACACGUAGGCCAGAAACAAGUAGACAACGGCGUUUUUCACGAGGAACGAAUGAAAAGUAUUUACGGCAAAACAAUGGACUUAAUGAAGAAAGGUGUAAAAACGUUAUCACAAAGAUUAAACACUUCUAUGGAAUUAAACCUUGUCGACGUACCGCCAUCCAGAAUUUCCUCGUACAAAUCCAAACACGAACGUCAUUCGAGACAAAUGACACUGAACAGUAAGUUAGAAUUAUUAGCAGCGGACAAAGCUAUAAAGGAUAUCCAACCAAAAUAUGAUCUCUGUGAAUGCAAUCGAGUGAUAGACCAAAGCAUGUUCAGCAAGUGUUCUUACUGUGAUCAAAUUUUGUGUAAUUCUUGUCUCUUGGAGUGCAUUGAUUGCUCAGAACUAUUCUGCAAAAACUGCUCGUUGCCUGUAUACGAUUAUGAAGAACAAAGCAAAUGCCUUAAUUGUUAUAAAUGAAUUUCAAAUAUAUUAUAUAGUUCUUUUUAUAAGUUAUAUUUAUAUUUAUCUAUAAUAGUUUCUAAUAUUUUAAAUCAAGUAAAAAAAAAAUCAAUUUCAUUAUGUAUGAUAUUGCAUUAAAUGUACUAAAUGAAAAAAUUACUUGUUA